AAACAUCAAAAUCGAUACGUCAGUAAUCUUCCUAACAAACUUAUUCCUAGUUACUUUGCCUACUAGUGAAAAUCUCGGAAGGGAAUAUGAUCAAUUUUACGGAUAACUGUUUGGUGUUUCUACACAAUUUCAACGGUUUUUGCAGAAUCGUAAUGAACAACGUAAACGAAUCUUGUCACAAGAUUGCCUUGAUAAUGCGUGCAUGGAUGAUAUGCUUCUACGAUAAGGUUACUCCCACCACUCGCCGUGCGAAAUCCUUCGAUGACAGCACGUGGAAAACGCAUGACGGCGGGCGGCUGAAUGCAUCCUCCAAACUAACGGCCGUAUCUUCGGUGACCCUAUCGGCCCGCUAUUCGGCAAACGACUCAAAUACAGAGUCGUGUACAAUCGCGGGAAACACCGUCAGUUGUGGGGGCGGUCUGGACGAUAUUCUGGUGAUAGAAAGUGAAAGUGACCAGCACCCGGAUCGGCCGCGUCACCAGCCCUAUUCGAACUGUGGAACUCUGACCCGGGGAGAGGUGCGCAAGAGUCGUUCCAAAAUGAAAAGCUACCUCAAACGGUGCAAGGAUGCACUGAUCGGCGCUCAACCGACGGAGGACACCUGUCCAAUCACACACCACGAAGCGAUUGUUCAGCAUCAACAGUUCCAGUCGGUGGAGCCAGCCGUCCAAAUACCGACCGCCAACUGGUACCUGGAUGAUCAGCUGUGCGAGAUUCGAUCGGAAGAUAACCGAGAACCGUACUCGUCUUUUGCGUCGGCUAGACUGAAGGAACAGCUGGAAAGUGAAGAAUAUUAUCAAAAGCAUCCGGAACUGCAUAAUCCGGUAGUGCAUCAGAGUGACAGUGUGGUGGUUUCGUUAGAGCAGCAACCACGUGGUGAUUCGCGAAAUGAUGAUAUAUUGAAUUCCGUGAAUGAAAAUGGUGCCGUUGGCGGUCAAACUGAGCAGGAACCAGAGAUUCCUCUUUCGUCAUCGCCGAUGGCGACCGGCAAUUUAUCAUCGAACGGUAUUGAGAAGUUGAUAGACCAGCACUUUGGGCCACUGUAUCCUGAUUACGUGGACCACACGCGGCCGGUGCUGAUCCGACAGGCCCGCGAUCUGUUGGUUUGUACCUUCCACGGCGACCUGGAACGGUUCGAGAACGGCUUCCUCCGUCCGGCGGCGGAUAUCGUGAGCGGAUUGCGGUUCGCGUAUCUUCAGGGAACGGUGAGUGAAUUGAAGUUAAGGAGCUGGACCAAGUUGAAGGACCUCUGCUGGCACGGCGGUUGGCCCCUAGCGGUUGCCGGAGCCCUGGUGCUCCAUCUCGGUGCCCUUGAUGAGUCGCUGGUACGCGCCCAGGACCUGUACCUCUGCGUUCGUCCAGAGCCGGAAACAAGCCAACCCCGGCUCUAUGCGGUUUGGCGAGGCGGAACAGUCGCGAGUGAUCAGUCACACUCAACGUCAUCAACCCAGUCCUCCCCGGUCGUCUAUCGUCAAUUGGAUCCGGUCAAAGAUCCAAUUACGCCUCUAGCUGUGGAAAUGCUGGCAGAAGAUUUACCCGCACUGUUGCAGAAUUUACUGGUCGGAAUCGAACGAGCCAUCUGCCGGGUUCCACUGGAGGAGCUAACCUUUCCGUCGGGAGAAUUCGGUGCAGCCACUGGCCCAGAAGAGACCGAUGAUCGACAGAACAAUAAUGGUACACUGAUAAAAGAACCGUCCGAACGGCAGGAUAAGUAUAUUCUGAAUCCUGGCACACCGAAAAUUGGACUGAAACGUCGAGAGCUCAUCACCAAGAACAAGCUGGUCAACAACAAGUACGCCAUCAAACGGAUCACAUUCCCAGCACCGACAUCCUCAUUGUUGACUGGUAACAAUAUCAACAACAACAACAACAACAACAACAGAAAUUCACUGACCACCUCGUCCGGUAGUGGUAAUGUCAGCAGUCAUAACAACACCAACGGCAAUGGCUUUAUAGCUCGGAAUGAAUCGCCCGAAAAAAGUGAAAAUACUCAGCGAAUCAUUGGUAAUCAGUGUAAUUACGGCUUGGAGAUAGUUACCGACGGAACCGACGGCACGGUGCGACUGUGCAAUCCGGGGGGUACAGCCAGUACAACCGACACGGGUAACGUUGUGGGCGGCGGCGGCGGCGGCUGCGGCGGCGUCGGCGGAGGAAGCGAUAAUCACCAAUCAGCCUCAUCCGCAACAGCCAGCAUCAACUCGAUGCCAUUAUUCUGCCUCGGUGGAUCGUUUCCUCAUAUCGACAGCGAUGAGGAGAGCGGUGACGAUAUGAAGAAAUACGAGACAGUGCCAGCCCAUCCCCACGACAUAGUGGCCCCGAGGUCGAUCCAAGAUCUACCGGAGAAACUCUUGACGUCCGGAAUUUCGAUACCAGGAACCUUCGACCGGUCAGGCUCCCCGCUGAUAUACAUCGAUGUUGAGAAGGUGCUCGCAUCAGGACUCAACUGUUACGAAAUCGCGACCGUUCUGCUGUAUUACAACACGCUACCUAUCCAAAGCCCCUCACAAUACUGCAUCCACCUGCUGCUGACCGAAAGUUCGCAGCUCACAUUUCUGGAAACGCUGGACAGUGCACUGCAGCUUCUGAACGGCCAUCUCAAGUUCGGUUCGAUCUACGUGUCCGGUUCGUACGAUCCAGCCGACAACAAACACCCACCGAAGGAGCUGAUCCGCAAUCUGAACGUACACAUCAAGUAUCUCAACAAUGAGACGGUCAAGAACUUCAUCGGUACCGACAACCUUCCGAUUCGGUGUGGCGGUUUCUACGUACACGAUCAGCGCGAAUGGAUCGAUUUCUUCCGUACCCUGGAACCACUGCAGUUGCAGUGUAUAGAAACCGGCCGACGGUUGGUCACCGUACUGAACGACAUACGCAACCUGGAGACGCAGGGAUUGGUGCCGACGCGAAGGCAACUGCACUCCCAGCACCGGGCCCUCAGCCGUGCCCUGAUGGACUCCGAACUGCAGAGUCUUCGCCGCAAAGGGCCAAACACCAUACAACGACUUCAGGACAAACUAACCGUUAUCAACAACAAACAAACGCUUAAUCAAACCAAAAAUUUAGUUAGAAUGUGUAGUCUAGAUAGUAACAAUCGCCUCGUGGGCAAUAGUUUUAACGGAAACAACCAUCACCAACAGCAGCAGCCGCAACAGCAGCUGUUGCAAAAUACUGCCAACACCAGUGGGGGCAGCGAAAAGGACCUCAUAAAUGGUCGGCUCGGGGAAGUGAUCACCAUCUACCAGGAGGUCGAUCGGGCAGCCCGCAAACUGGAACAGCUGACCGAGCAAAGGAGAGAAAGACUCAGAGAAAUGACGCGACAGCGCGCGCUGGAUGACGAGAUCAAUGAGGUAAUCUCGUGGAUUCGGAACGAUGGCAGCCAAUCCCUGCAGAGCUACAAUGAGUCAUCCGCAAUGGAGAGCGCCGAUCGCGUCAAAGAAAUUAGUCAGGAAUUUGAAAAGUUUUACUUCAUUUCGAUGAAGCACAUAACCAAGGGAAAGGAUCUGUACGACGCCUCCGCAGAGCUAGAGAUUCUCAAAGACACACUGAAGAUGUUGAAAGAUUGUCUCGAACAGCACAAGGACCGACUGGAGCGAACCCGCGAACGUCUGGAAGGGGCCGCUCGAUUGCAUUCUUUACUCGGUGCGCAGUCCUUGGACGGCAGUGCCCAGACGGAAAUGAUCAAACUAACCGAAAAGGUCGACGUUGCUCCGCUGACAGAUCAAUGCAGAAAGCUGCUGCAAGCCAUGAACAACAACAGAGAUACCAACACUACCAGUACCAGUGAUAACAUCAGUUUAGAUAUAAGUUUAUCCGAUGAUACGAUCACCGCCACCAGUACGCCAGAGAAGGGAAAGUUUGGACAACGUCCGGCAGUGCAAGGAUGCGUUUCGACGUUGAUCGAGUCGAACGGAUCGGGCUGCAAGACGGACCAUGUUCACAUUCAUCGACAUCACCACGAUGAUGACGAGGAAGAGCAAUCCAAAAUGGCCGAUUCCGGUCUUGGUGGGUGCGAUCGUUGUGAGGGCAAUGAGAAACUCGAACGGACUUGUUCCUGCCAGAGUCUCAAUGAUCCGAAGAAUGAAUGUGCCAACGGUGAUGACUUAGACGAGGACUGCUUUGAAGGGAUGUCAAAGCCUUCUCUAGAUCUACAAAUACCGCUCCAGGCCAAUGCCCAUCUGUAUUGUCACGCGUCGAACUUGCAACUGGAUUACGAAGAGAACAACAUUUUUGACCAGAAGACGCAAAAAACGCUUCUAUUGAUCAUGCGAGAGAUGAUUGGAACAGAACGCGACUACGUGCGAUCGCUGCAGUACGUAAUCGAAAAUUACAUGCAAGAACUUCUACGCGAGGACAUACCGCAAGCUUUGCGAGGCCAACGAAACGUCAUUUUCGGUAACAUCGAACGAAUAUGCGAGUUUCAUCAGCAGCACUUUUUGGGCGAAUUGGAAAACUGCGAACAUCACCCGAUCAAGGUUGGUAGCGCGUUCCUUCGCCAUGAGUCCAAGUUUUACCUGUACGCGUUGUACAACAAAAAUAAACCAAAGAGUGAUUCUCUGAUGAGUGAGAAUGGAACUCAUUUUUUCAAAACGAAACAGUUGGAGUUGAACGACAAAAUGGAUCUAGCAUCAUAUCUGUUGAAACCGGUCCAACGAAUGGGAAAAUAUGCACUACUGCUGCAGCAGCUGAUGAAAGCCUGCGCUCCCGCUCAGAAUACUGCCAACCCCGAAAUUCUGGAAGAUCUGGAGCAGUUACAAAAGGCAGAAGAAAUGGUUCGUUUUCAGCUACGGCACGGUAAUGAUCUGUUAGCCAUGGAUUCCCUGCGGGAUUGCGAUGUCAAUGUGAAGGAACAAGGCCGUCUGUUACGGCAGAAUGAAUUUCUCGUGUGGGAAGGUAAAGCCGGGAAGAAAUCUCUACGGCAAGUAUUUCUCUUCGAAGAAUUGGUUCUUUUCAGCAAAGCACGACGAUUCCCCGAUCGAAAGAAUUUAGACAUUUACAUCUAUAAGAACAGCAUCAAAACGUCCGACAUUGGACUGACGGCCCAUGUCGGAGAUUCACCGUACAAAUUUGAGAUAUGGUUCCGGAAACGAAAACCAGGUGACACCUGGACACUGCAGACCAUGAGCGAAGAUAUCAAGAAUGCCUGGACCGACGAAGUCUCAAAACUGCUCUGGAAGCAGGCGAAACGAAACCGGGAAGUUCGCUUAGCCGAAAUGUCUUCAAUGGGUAUCGGUAGUAAGCCGUGCUUGGACAUCCGUCCCAGCCAGGAUCAGAUUAACGAUCGUUCCAUCAGUAUUUCGCUGUUCGGGAAGACUCCCAAACUGCGCAACUCCUUCAUCGGAACGUUGCCCGAGUCGAAAAGUUCGAAAAGACCCCAAUCGAUCAUUUCGGUCAGCAGCUCAUCGUCCGGAAGCUCGGUGGUAAGUACUGGCACUAGCUCGACGGCAAGUGGCUGCGAAGGCACGGCCACCAUUGGAAGCGGUGUCGGUAGUAGCUCGGCAGUGUCAUCCGGCUGUAGUACCAGCAGUUCCAGCGGAAAUAGCACAACCGCAAGCAUCACCACCUGCAAACGUCUCACCCUCAGCAUCACCGAUUCAACAGCUCCAGCGCCUCUGAAGACUAACUUUAAGAAACAUCAACGAUCGACCACGCUCGUGAGCCAAUGUUCAAUGGAAAGUGGCAUCAUAGCCGAUAUUUCACUAAGUCCCGACGAGGCUCUGGAGAAUCCGCUUUGGCCUCAGCAGAAGCAACACGCCUUGCUUCGGAAAUCACACAGCAUAGCAUCCACCAAUCAGGAACACAACAAAACUGCAGAGGAAAAAUCUCUCAACCAACCAGUCGAAAGACAAUGCAGUGAUACUACAACCUCCAGCAGCAACACCACCACCACUCCCGACAACAAUCAUUCUCCCAGCACCGCGAACGCCUCCGACACGAUCACCGUUCACCUUUAAAAUGAAACAACUAUCUGGCCUGUCUGCCUAGUUCACCUCCGCGUGGUCUGUUUUGUACAAAUCUCUGCUAGAAUCAAACAUACAUUUUUGCUAUACUGUUUGUUAAGUGACAUGUUUUAAAAGACUAGAAUUCUAUGCUAGAAAAAUACGAUGCUUCAUGCACCCUGGUAUUUUAUCGCUGAAACUGAUACAAUUGUGUGUAUUGAGUGUACCUUUAAAAUUGCAAUGUAAGCAAAUAGAGAAUAUAUACUAAGAUCUAAUUAAUUAUUGUCGCUUUGAUCAGUUCUUUGAUUGAUUGAUCAAAUGAUUUUUCGAAUACUUUUAAGUGACACCGAAAAUCUAAUUUAUAAAAACAUUAAACUAUGUACGGAAUGCUACUACAACUAGUGAAUAUUGUAAAUCCUUUGUUACUAGCCAAUAGUAGUGCUGGUAUGUAGAAUGUGCUACCAUGUAAGGAAGGAAAGCGACAUAAAAUACAUUGAUAAAUUUAAAGAUAAAACUGCAAGCAUUACGUCUAUGUAAGUCCAGCGCGAAGCCAUUAUUUUGAACUAAUUUCCUUAUAACGAAUAAACACCUAAAUAGCUGUGUUUAAACUACAGUUACUCGAGAAGAAAGCUUUAUUUUAAGGUUUACUACGAUAUGACAGUAACACGUUUACUAGUAUUCUUUUACGUAUACAUCAGUGUAUUAUUGUAGUGAACAUAUAUGUCUUUUAUUUUAUAUAUUUAACUGAUAAUUUAUGAAGAAAAGUAUAUAUUAUUGAUUAAAGCAUUUUGCUUCUGGAAAUAUUCUACCCACGUUCGUGAUUGAAGUUUUGUUUUAUCAUUCGUUUUUGUUAGUGAAGGUCUAUGCUUUGUGUCUGUAUAUUGAUUCCGAUUAUAUUAUGUGAAUAUUUAAAAGUAAUAUGUAAUCAUAACCGUAAACGCGCUAUUAAAACAGUUUUAUUUACCACUAA